AUGAGCAAAACAUCACAGCAAAUUAUCAAACUCUUGGUUUCAAUUACCCUAUUGUCAAUUGUUUUUGGGACAAUUCUCCCAGCCAAGCUUCUGCGCCUUUUGCCAGUUAUAUCAUCCAUAGUCAGCCUACAAUUCGCCUACGAUGAAUACUUUUUCCUGUCCUGCUGGACAAAACGCCAGUAUCGAGAACAGGCCAAUGAGCUGCUACCGCUAUGGUUCACCAACUGGGCACCAGCAGGAACCAAAAUUAUAUUCGGAAGCUUCACAUUGAGUUUAUCGAGUGGACUGGCGAAUACCGUCACUAUAACGCGGGGUACGGGGGAUUACAUUGCCGCCCUGUCUUACAUGGCUGGAACUCUGUUUGCGGCCAGCCAUCUGCUUGUCUUUGGACCGACUGCAAUCAAAUUGCUUGCCAAGAUCCGACGCAACGAUGAUGAUGCUAAAAGCACGGAGUCAUUAGAGAUUUGGUUGAAGAUGCAUGCCACUAGGUCUCUCGUGGUGGACUUGCCGGCCGUUGUCUGCUUUACCAUCGGUUUACUCAACACAAUGGGGAGCGUUGUAUAA